AUGGUAGGUAUGCCUUUGGAAAUUGAGAGGGCGUUGCAAUGUCUCGGAAACAUCGUGAUAGACGACACCAUCUCUCUGGUCAUCCUCUCCUUGACUAGGGAUCUACAACUUUACAAGUGGCAUGUAUUGCAUCUCGCUUCUGCUAUGGAGGUAUUAUUCUACCCUUUCUUUUCAAACGGUUCCGGUGUUAAGACGCCGUUGGGUGGUGUCCCGUCUGGAACGCGAAACCACGCGCCGCAGGGUCGCUUCGACGCCGUUGGCCUCGUAAGUCUCAGCUUUCUUCUUCUUUCCGUCUCGGUAGCGUACAAUAACAAGGAAAGGAAGACAAGAAGCAUGAACGAGAGACCAUCCUCACUCAUCCAAAUCCAAUCGAACCAUUCCCCUCCACCCCUUGCCUGGAAACCACGCCGAUAUGCAGACAACCAACAACCAUCGCCGGUCGACGAGAGUGAGAAGAAGGUCCGCUCCAAAAAAGCCUCCAGCUUUGAGAGGCACGCAUCUGUGACGGGAUGCACGAGUGUGCAGAUUCCCGGCCACCACCAUCGAACUCCGACCAUCGACACCACUGUCGUCCCAUUUCUAGGUAGGGAGAGAGGACACCCUCGCGCCGGGCUUGCCUCCCAUACUUCUGCACCAAUCUUUCACUCGACGCCAAACAUUCAACAGCCCAUCUUGCCUCCCAGAGCCAAGUGUAGGGUAGGGUCUUUUCCCUCUGCGGCCUCCUCCUCCUUCCAUCUCCUUCUCCUUCUCGCCACCCAAGCCAAUCCGUUCCACGCCUGUGGGCUCCCCUCUCCGGCUUGGCGCAGGAAGGGGGCUGAUGACAAGGCAGGCGGCUUAUGUGUUGCUGGUGCCAUCGUCCUCCUGAUGAAGCAGAAACUUUCUUGCUCUCAACCUGCUUUUUUUUCGCAAGAGGCAACCAUCAUCUCACCGUCGGUGGGGGAAAAGGUCACCGAGCCAGAGGUUGUCAUCUUCGUUCCUGCUUCGGCAUUUCUUUUUGCUAUUUCGUUUCCUGCCGAAUCUGCCAGGGGCAUUUCCCUCUGGCUGGGACCAAGUUCUCGCUCGAGAGCGGGCGCUGUCGAGCUAUUGUUGGUUGGCUUACAGAUCACCAACACUGCUUUUCAUCAUUUCAUCUUGAGGCUCAUUUCUGGGCUACCGGGGGGUAGGAUGAGAGCCCUGGCAAGCUGUCAGCGAGCUUUCAUUGGGGAACGGGGAUUCCUCUGA